CCCUUAUUUUUUUUCCUAUUAAGACUGCUGACCAAGUGCAGAUGAGGGGCUGAGCACAGGCAGUGUUUAAUCACAUGACUCACAUGGUCUAUGCCUGAGGAGUGCUGUGAGCAUUCCCUACAGCCCCGUCAGCUCAGCUCAGCUCAUCUGAUCCCUGCUCAGCUGUGUGGGGUAGCCACAACACUCAAGUGUGUGUUUAGGGAGAUUUUUUGAAGCAUGCCAUUUCAGGGUGUCUACGGGUUGGGAAGUGUCUUUGUUUCGCAAGCAACAUCCCCCUACACAACAGACAUAAUGGACAACCCCACCCAUAGACGGGAUUGCUGAAAUGUGUGGUCGUGCAUGUCUUGUGAGAGAUGGCUCAUUUUAAAGGGAUGUUGAGUAAUUCAGACGUGGAGAUGUGUGGCGAGGCGUGGUUUUGGUAACAUGAUUAGACAUCACAGCAUUUUUAAUUGUGAAAGAUGAUUUAUGUAAAAGCUGUAAUAGUUUUGGAAUAAGUCAGAUACUCCUGCGUUUGGUCCUUUACUUGAUGUCUAACUGAGCCUUGUGGAAUGAUAACGGGCCUCAAGCGGCUAGGUGGCAUUCCCUGGCACUUCAAGCAGACUGGUUGGCAUUUUGAUUGGUGGUGCCUAAUGAUUGCUUUGAUUUGCACAAUAACUAAUCGCUUACUUGAGAAUGGCUGUUGCCAUUGUAUGACUCUUGGCUCUUAAGGCACAAAAAAUAUUUGCGAUGAACCUAUGAAAAUGUAAUAAUUUGCAUGCUAAAUGAAGAAAUCGUACUGUAGACCGUUUAUUGAAAUGCUGUGCAGGCAAAUUAUUAGAGCGUUAUGCAAACCGUUACUGUGACUGCUUGGGGUUUUGCUCCCAGGUGAGUGCUCUGGCAUAUGGUGUUUUUUCCCUGAAUCGGUUCCACACUCGGGUCUUGUUGCCUCUCUCUUGCGUGAGGGCUGGGUUUUGGCCAUGCCCUCUAGCUGACAGCGUUGGCCAGGCCCAGGACAGUCAUCCAAAAGGGCCCCCUAACCCGAUAACAUACCAUAUGAACCCAGGGCUGGACGGAUAAUCUGGCAUACAGGGCAUUUUCACAGUGGGCCGAUAGUCCUCCGGGACGGAUGCUAUUGUUGUUUUCCAGGGGAUUGGUCCUCAAAUAAGAGGGGGAGGCCCAUUGUUCCAUCGUCAAUGUAGACCGUGGAUUCAGCCAGGCAGGAUAUGAUGAAAGUAGCCUGUGGAUGUGUUAGGGCUCAGUCUAUGCCAAAAAAAUGCCUGGGUCAUUUGUUUCAUCCCAGAUGUACCACAUAUCCUCUGUUCCUGUCCAAUCCCCCCUCCCCAUCAGCUUUACCCUCUUGAUAGUUUACUGAGGGCACUCUGUAAGGAGAGAAAACUCCCAACAAACAAACAAGAACACAUUUCUAUUUCCUGGUGAACCCCAUACCUAACUUUCCACCCUGCAUCAUUAUAUUCUUGCUACUUUAACACAAGUCUUCUAUGACUUAUUCUUUUGGGUUGUGGAUUUAUUAAGGAACCGUUGAAUGUAUUUUUGUGUGUGCCGAUCUGUCUCUCUGGUGUCAUGGGUACAGCCACCAGGCCACAUUUGAUGCAGUGUAGAGACCACAAAGAUCUCCUCUGUUCUCAAACUCCAGGUGUACGUAACAUGCUGCACUGUACAAGGCAGCGACAACUCCGAGUGGAAAAUAUAUGAUUGGCAAAAUGCAAAUCCUGCGUGGAUAUUAUUUGCUCUAUUUGGGACAGACAGGGAAUCUGAAUUUGUAACAUGAUUCUCUUUCUCUUCAAAAAAAAAAUGUAUGCACAAGAAUGGGCUCAAGAUUUUAGUCUCUACUUUUUCGUAUGCAUUUUGUUUUUGAGACUGCCACACUGGAUGUUUUUACUGAGCUUUUUAUAUCCUUUUUCUUCCUCACUGAAAUUACUCACCCAUUCUCACCUCUCACCCCCACCCCUCCAAAGUGAAACUGUGGCGUGUGCCAGCCAUUUCACCUUGACAUGGAAGUGCAGACAGGUGAAUGGAACGUACUGGUGUUAUCUAAUCUGUUUAGUGAUGUCUCUCCUCAGAACAAGAUUGCUACCGUGGUGGCACACUCAAUGCCUGUAUGAUUGUGCCACUGGCUGCCGGGCACCGCCCGGGGCUGGGGCUGAGGCGGCCGCUGAGGCGAGGCAAGGGAGGCAGCCUGCUCCCGCGCCCUCCCGCCAAGCAUGAUGGCGGUGCUGGGCUUCAAGUGGGACGGGCAGCGCCAUCCCAUCCGCCUGCUUGCCUGCUUGCCUGCCUGCAUGCCUGCUUGCCUGCAUGCCUGCUUGCCAAGCUCAAUGGGCCCAUUCUCUAGUUGCCCUGGAUCUGCGAGCUGUUUGUGUGCUGCUGCUGACGUGAGGGCAGAUCAACAUGCUUGAUGCAGCGAGGACGAGGAUCAUGGAGGUCUACGAUGCCCUCUUGGCGGGAGCAGACCCCCGGGUGAACUCCUACCCCCUGAUGGGGAGCCCUGUGAACAUGUCGGCCAUCUUACUUGCCUACCUCGCCUUCGUACUGUACAUCGGGCCGCGCUACAUGGCCAACCGCAAACCCUACCAGCUCAAGGAGGCCAUGAUCAUCUACAACUUCUCCUUGGUCGCCCUGUCCAUAUACAUUGUCUAUGAGUUCCUGAUGUCAGGCUGGGCAACCACAUACACCUGGAGAUGCGACCUGGUCGACUACUCUGACAGUCCUCAGGGAAAUAGGAUGGUGCAAGUCGCCUGGCUAUUUCUUUUUUCCAAGUUCAUCGAGCUGAUGGACACGGUGUUCUUUGUGCUGCGUAAGAAGCACGGCCAGAUCACCUUCCUGCACAUCUUCCACCACUCCUUCAUGCCCUGGAGCUGGUGGUGGGGAGUCAGCUAUGCCCCCGGUGGAAUGGGCUCCUUCCAUGCUAUGGUGAACUCCGGCGUUCACAUCAUCAUGUAUUUCUACUAUGGCCUGUCUGCUUCCGGACCACGCUUCCAGAAGUUCCUCUGGUGGAAAAAGUACAUGACUGCCAUCCAGCUGGUCCAGUUUGUGCUGGUGUCUGUGCACGCCACCCAGUAUUACUUCAUGAGCAGCUGUGGCUACCAGGUUCCCAUCAUUCUGCACCUCAUCUGGGUGUACGGCACCUUCUUCUUCGUGCUCUUCUCCAACUUCUGGUACCAGGCCUACACAAAGGGCAGGAGGCUGCCCAAGAACACGCCAGAGCUCAACGGCAAGACCAAGGCCAACGGCACGCUGCUCGCCAACGGUGCCACAACGACGGUCUCAAACGGCAGCCACAAGCGUAUGGAGAACGGCACGGCUCACCACGAGAACGGCAUCACCCACCACGAGAACGGCAGCAGCCACGGUAGCAAGAUGAAGAAGGCUUGAAGAAGAUCCCUCACCUCACCACACACUGACAAAGAAGGAACACCCCAAAACGCAUGAAAAUGAGAGCCUACACAACCAUCCGUGGAUUCCAAAGAAAUGUUUUGGUCGUGUCUCUUUUAUAUGGAAAAAAAAAAUAUUUUUGUUUAAUUGUUUUAUUUGUGCACAGAGAAAAAAAAAUGUGUGGAGAUGAGUAUGGGACCCCACUUUUUGUAUAUUUAUGUUUCUAUUAUUAAUCUAAUUAUCCUUUUUUAAUUUGGAGGGCAUAUAUAGAGCACAACACAUGAAGAGACGGUGGGUUUAAAUGUUCACUGAAGUUGCCACGGCCCUGUUCUUUUCACAUACCCUCCUUUUCUUCUAUGCCCUGCUCAGUCUCCCCCCACCCUUUGCCACGCCCACCUCUCUGCUUUGGGCAAACUACACUGUACAGUCAGAUAAACUUGAAGACAUCCUGUAAAUAGUUUUACUCUUCAUGACUAAUGGAGAUUCAAGUCCUGCAGAUUUUUUUGUUUUGUUACAGUAUCUAUGCUAAAUUAAGUUUGAUGAAUAAAAGUUCAGUUUAAAUUAAAUGUAACUGCUUGGUGAUUUGAAGUGAAUUGAAAUGGUGGGACAGUUCCACAAGCAUAUUGGAGUAGCUUUUGGGAUUGGGAAAUAAGUCUUUGGCAAUUCAUUUAAUCUCAUAAUAUACUGUGCUUUAAGACAAUACCCAUUUUUUUGACAAAGGUUAUUGAAAUCUUAUGCGAGUCACAGCCUUUUACAGUUUUUCUCAAUUGGUUUUGUACAUUUCUCACAACAUAAUAAUAAUCCUCAAAACUUUU